AUCCAGAUCUAAUUUUGUCUUGUUCAGCUCUUGCCAGCGUAAUAGGAGGUAUCGUGGAGGUCUGCGUAGUGCGUACGUGUUUGCUGUAUGAUUCAAGAGGAACAACUGUCCACUGGGAGAUGACACGCCGCACAUUCCCCAGUGGAUUUGAUAGAGGAGCAAAGUAAAAUCCAGCGAGAGAAAAGGGGGAUAGUAACAAGGGUGGAAAAACAGCAUGAAGUAAAAUACAAGAGACAGAAAGAGAGGUUGAGAGGGAGUGAGAGAGCUAGGAAAGGAGAGAGGGAGAGUAAGGGAGAGAGAGCGAGAGAGAGAUAGAGAGUGAGAGAGUGAGAGAGAGAGAGAGAGAGAGAGGCAGAGCUCCUUAACUGUAGUGAUUCCCAGACUGGCUGGCAGUAAGCUCUGUGCUCUGAUCUGCCCGCUCUGAUGGGGUUUCAUGCUUGUGCAGGCAGCGUUGGGGAUCCUGAGGGCAACACGGGUCUCUGCUGCUGAUCUCGGCCUCUCUGAUUCCAACAUAUUGACCAUAUAUGCCUACACAGGACAGCUAAUCUCAACCUACUGACGGCUAAUGGAUCAUCAACCAAUAACAGUCACUAGAAUCCAAAAAGGGAGCUAAAAGAAGACCGAAUGCAAGCGGCCCAAGGACGACUGGCAGAUAUGAGAGUGGUACUGGUGUGUGCCCUCCUCUCCCUCCUCUCUUUGUCACAUGCCUGUCCGAAGGAGUGUAGCUGCAACGGCAACACCAAAGUAGUAGACUGCCGGGGUCGAGGCCUGUAUGACAUCCCCAAACGACUGCAUCCGGAAACUCAAGAACUGUAUCUCCAAGAUAACCGUAUCAGGGGGCUGGGAUCUAUGGCUUUCAGAGAAAUACCUCUAGUCCGGAUUCUCGAUCUAUCUAAUAACUCUAUAACCACUGUUUCGCCGACUGCGCUGCUGGGACUCAGAGCUCUACAGCGCCUCAGCUUGGCCUACAACAGCCUGAGAGAGCUUGACAAGCGGUUGCUUGGGCCCAUCCGCACACUUUCACACCUUGACCUUUCACACAACAGCCUGUGGGGUUUGCCUGGAGCCUUGGGGGAAAGUUUGAGGAACCUUAGCCACCUAGGGCUAUCGCACAACAAGCUAACAAGAUUGGACCGCUCACUUUUGGAGGUCCUGACCCACCUGGACAGCCUCACACUACGAAACAACCCCUGGAGGUGUGACUGCCAGCUCAUAGGCCUCAAACUAUGGCUGGAAACCUUCAUCUAUAAAGGUGGAGUGGUGGACGAGGUGAUAUGCACACAGCCAGAGGAAAUGAAGAACACAGACCUGCAGAAGGUCCCUUACCAGCUCUUCCACAUCUGCAUGACCUCAAGCUACCAUUACCUGUUUGCUAACAUACACCACCUGGAGAAUGAGAGGCUACUGCGAGGGCACACCCAUGGUAACCAUGCUCAUCCCUCUAGCCAUGCUAUCCAUGUACCCAUGGCAAUGGGGGAGGGUUUUGGAGGAGGCGGAGGAGGAGGAGGAUCAGGUUUGCCAGAGUGUGAACCUAAGCAAAGGCACCGGCCUGUCAACUUGCGCCAUGCAAUUGUCACAGUGAUCAUCACCGGAGUAGUUUGUGGGAUUGUGUUUCUGAUGAUGCUGGCUGCAGCAGUGUACGGCUGCGCCUACGCUGCUAUCAUGGCCAAAUAUCAGCGGGAGCUUAAGAAGAACGAGGAGCUGGCAGCAGCGAAGGGGGCAGAUCAUGCCAAAGCAGAUGAGAAGGAACUACUGGAGAAUGCUAUCGCCUAGGAGAUGAUAUCUCGAACCCUGGACAUAAACCUGAGCCUCGACCCUUUAACCUAAUCCUCUCUGUGGAUGCUGUGUGUGUGUGUGUGUGUGUCUGUGUGUGAGUGUGUGUGUUGGUGCAUGUGUGAGAGAAAAGAAGAGAGUAAGAUUAUUUGUGUGUG